AAAAGGAAAAAACCUUCUCUUUUGUUUGUUUGCUUCUUCUUCUUCUUCCCUUCUCUCUCUUUCUUAACAAAACCUCACAGUGUCCUUCUCUCUCUCUAAAACUCCCUCUUUCUCUCUGACUCAAGUUUCGAUUUAUUCUCUUGAUUUAACGUUUUCUCACUCAUCAUAAUCAUAAUCAUAAUCAUCAUCAAUAAUCUUCUCUCGAUCGCAAUCUCAGUAAAGAAAAAAAAUCUACAGUCAAAAUCAAAGUCUUUGAUCUUGACUGUUUCGAUGUUUUUUAAAUUUUGACUCGGAUUCGAUCUCCUUUUAAAAAUAAAAAAUCACAGAAUCAAAAAUUUAAUUCUUUUUCUUAAUGGGACAGUGUUAUGCAAAAAAUGUUACAGUAGUUGGCGAAAAUGAAGAAGUAAUCGAAAAUAAUGGCGGAGGAAGUUAUAAUCAAAAUCAAACAAGUAAUAAUGGGGUAAGAAAUACCCCAAAUCGGUCUUCAUCAACGAGUCCAUGGCCAAGUCCAUAUCCAACUGGAACAAAUAACAGUCCAUUACCAGGUGGGGUAACACCUUCACCAGCAAGAUCAGGAAAAUCAACCCCAAGGAGAUUUUUUGGUAAGUUCCCACCACCAUCCCCAGCUAAACAUAUUAGGGCAGCCUUAAGGAAGAGAACAAGUAAACCUAAAGAAGGUCCGAUUCCUGAAGAAGGAUCAGAAGGAGGUGGUGGAGGAGAAAGACAAUUAGAUAAAAGUUUUGGUUAUAGAAAAGAUUUUAUGAGUAAGUAUGAGUUAGGGAAAGAAGUUGGAAGAGGUCAUUUUGGGCAUACUUGUUCUGCUAAAGCUAAGAAAGGUGAACUUAAAGGUCAUGAAGUUGCUGUCAAGAUUAUUUCUAAAGCUAAGAUGACAACUGCGAUAUCUAUUGAAGAUGUUCGUCGGGAGGUGAAAAUCUUGAAAGGAUUAGCUGGUCAUAGAAACAUGGUCAAAUUUUAUGAUGCUUGUGAGGAUGCAAAUAAUGUCUACAUUAUCAUGGAGUUGUGUGAAGGAGGAGAAUUACUUGACAGAAUUUUAUCCAGAGGUGGUCGAUAUCCAGAGCAUGAUGCCAAAACUAUUAUUGUUCAAAUUCUAGGUGUAGUUGCUUUUUGUCAUUUGCAGGGUGUUGUGCACCGAGAUUUAAAACCAGAGAAUUUUCUAUUUACAACUAGAGAUGAAGAUUCUCCAUUGAAGAUCAUUGAUUUUGGUCUUUCUGACUUUAUAAGACCAGAUGAAAGACUCAAUGAUAUCGUGGGGAGUGCAUACUAUGUUGCACCGGAAGUCCUUCAUAGAUCCUACAGUCUCGAAGCAGAUAUUUGGAGUAUUGGCGUCAUAACAUAUAUCUUGUUAUGUGGAAGCAGACCUUUUUGGGCACGAACAGAGUCAGGAAUUUUUCGCGCGGUGCUGAGAGCUGAUCCUAAUUUUGAAGAUUUACCUUGGCCUGUGGUAUCUCCAGAAGCCAAAGAUUUUGUAAAAAGGUUUCUGAAUAAGGACCACAGGAAAAGAAUGACUGCAGCACAAGCUCUCACUCACCCAUGGUUACGGGAUGAACACCGCCCUGUGCCACUGGAUAUAUUAAUUUAUAAGUUAGUCAAGUCGUACCUGCGUGCUACACCAUUCAAACGUGCAGCCCUGAAGGCUCUAUCAAGAGCUUUGACAGAGGAUGAGCUUUUGUACCUUAGGGCUCAGUUUAAGCUGUUGGAACCUAAUAGAGAUGGGAAGGUUGGCCUUGAGAACUUCAAAAUGGCCCUCGUGCGGUAUUCAACUGAUGCCAUGAAGGAGUCUAGGGUGCCUGACAUUUUAAGUGCACUGGAAGCGCUCGCUUACAGAAAGAUGGACUUUGAAGAAUUUUGUGCUGCAUCGAUCAGCACAUAUCAACUAGAGGCUCUUGAUGGGUGGGAACACAUUGCAAGUACAGCUUUUGAAUUUUUUGAACAUGAAGGAAACAAAGUAAUCUCGGUUGAGGAACUGGCGAGGGAGAUGAAUCUCGGUCUUUCAUCCCAUACAAUCCUUAAUGAUUGGAUAAGACAAGCCGAUGGGAAGCUAAGUUUCUUAGGAUAUACCAAAUUUUUGCAUGGUGUGACAAUCCGUAGCUCAGUUACAAGACAUCAAUAGUUUGUACUGAAGGGCGGCUGUUAACAAUUGUUUGAGUAUCUAUGACUUUGAAAAAAGGGAUUAUACCAAUUUUUUUCCAUUUUUAUAGAGAAAAUGUCCAUCUGUAUAGAAUUGUUGUUUAGCUAGAUCUGAGAUCUUCUUCAGGGAGUGUCUCUCUUCAGGUCACAUGUAUGAUUCAUCUGUCUAUGGUGUGCUGACGGGCGGGGCAGCCAAACUGGUUGAUUAUGAGCCAUUCAAGUGAGUAAUCAAUGAAGCGGUAUUUAUGGCCUCAGCUGAUGUUUCCUAAGAAGAUAAUGCUGAAGAUUUGAAGUUCCCCUAGAUCAGAACUUUAGGAACGGGAAGCGCUGUGGAGUGUGCUUUAUCUCAGCUGAUAUGAUAAAAAAGAAUGCGAAUUUCAGGUUGGAGCUGUUAAUUCUAGGAGAAGCAAGUUCAGAAGACACUCUUGUGUAGUCAUUUUGCAUCUCUUGCUCGUGCUUAAAGUUGGUUACUACUGGCUACAUAUUAGUGUUGGAUGGAGUGAUAAAGAUUAAAGACUAUAGUAACAGUAAGCAAAAUAAUGGAACAGAAACUUCACUGGGCUUCAUUUUUCUAGUCAAA